CCUGAGUCCGCGAUUGCCUGUGGUGAAAGCUUGGUAGGCCCUGGCAAGGCUGCUAAGUUUGGAGAUUCAUUUGCUUAUACAGCAUGUAACGGGAAAGGAAGCCAUGCAGACUGGGUCACAUCUGCGUCGGAUAUCACCAAGACCAGUGUCAGAUUGCACAGGAUUGCCAUGGAUUUCGCAGAAGGAAACAUCAACGACUCGCCAUAG